AUGUCAACACCCGCCGCCACAAUGGCCACCACGACAACCCGCUCCCUCUCAACCACAGCCCCCCUCGCAGCCCGCAAAGCCAAGUCAGACAGCAUUAUCAACCCAGAGUACAUCGCUCGCAUAGCAAACAUCCGUCAGCACCUCUUCGCCGAGGCGCCCCCGGCGCUGCGCAUGGCCCGUAACCGUCACCUCCGCCAUUGGACCAUUCACCGCGCCUGGCUUCUUCUCCAGCGCCAGCAACGUGAAGCCCGCGAGAGGGAGCUCCUCCGCAUCCAGCAGAGCAUGUACACCGCCAACGAGCAGCUCCGCACCAGUGCCGGACCGGGAACCAGGGAGGAAGGGUGGCUGUACCGCGUCGCCCAAGAGAAGAAGGGCGUCUAUGGACCCAAUGCCGUGCCUAUUGAAUACGCGCGCUACCAGAGUGAGACACCUGCCCGGCAGGCGUGGAAUCACGAGUGGAAGCGAUAG